AUGAUGCACUGUGCGGGCUGCGAGCGGCCCAUUCUGGAUCGUUUCCUGCUCAACGUGCUGGACCGAGCCUGGCACGCGAAGUGCGUCCAGUGCUGUGAAUGCAAGUGCAAUCUAACGGAAAAAUGCUUUUACAGGGACGGAAAGAUCUAUUGCAAAAAUGAUUUCUUCAGGCGGUUCGGCACGAAAUGCGCCGGUUGCCUCCAAGGUAUCUCCCCCAGUGACCUCGUACGAAAAGCCCGGAACAAGGUGUUCCAUUUGAACUGCUUUACUUGCAUGGUCUGCAACAAACAGCUGUCCACGGGAGAGGAGCUGUAUAUAAUAGACGAAAACAAGUUUGUUUGUAAAGAAGAUUACUUCAACACCAGCACGAUUAAGGAAGUCAGUUUAAACUCAGUGUCUUCAUGUACGGACAGAAGUUUGUCGCCUGACCUCCAAGACCCAAUACAAGAUGAUCCGAAAGAAACUGACAAUUCCACUUCCUCGGAUAAGGAAACUAACAAUAACGAGAAUGAGGAGCAGAGCCUGGGCACGAAGAGGAGAGGCCCACGGACCACCAUCAAAGCGAAACAGCUGGAGACGCUCAAGGCUGCCUUCAUCGCUACGCCUAAACCCACCCGACACAUCCGGGAGCAGCUGGCGCAGGAAACUGGCCUGAACAUGAGAGUGAUCCAGGUGUGGUUCCAGAACCGAAGGUCCAAAGAGCGGAGGAUGAAGCAGCUGAGCGCCCUUGGAGCUCGAAGGCACGCCUUCUUCCGGGGCCCACGGAGAAUGCGUCCACUAGGUGGCAGACUGGAGGACUCAGAAAUCCUAGGGUCUGGGCCUUACAGCUACUAUGGGGAUUACCAAGGUGACUACUAUGGCCCAGGUGGCAAUUAUGACUUCUUCUCCCAUGGCCCCCCCUCGUCCCAGGCCCAGUCCCCUGCCGAGUCCAGCUACAUCCUGGGCUCGGGGCAGGGCCCGCUGGAGGGCUCCAUCUCAGGCCACCACCCCUCAGACAACCAAAGGUACACGGACAUGAUCCCCCACGCCGACUCGCCCAGCCCCGAGCCGGGCCUCACAGGACCCCUGCACCCCGUCCCGGGGGAGGUUUUCACCGGGGGCCCCAGCCCUCCCUUCUCCCUGGCCAGCAACUCCAGCUACAGCGCCCCCCUGUCCCACCCUGGCCAGGACAUGGGCGACACCGCAGUGUGGUAG